AUGUCCAAUGAAAGCAAUAACGUUUCGUCUGAAUCAACUAUCAUGGAUGAGAAUCAGUUAACAUGUGCUGAUGUGGAGGUUGAUCUGCUGUUUUGGGAAGAACUCGAAUCCUACCUUGGCGAGAUACACGACGAACAAGAAAAACAAGUGACAGAUCAUUCUACUGCGAUGGACGAAGAAAUCGCCAGUUUUCAACUACCAUCGCCUUGGGAAGAAUAUGUCUUGAGCCAGAUAGAUGACCUUGAUGUUGAAGUGGCACACCCAAUACAGGAACUGUGUUGCAGCACAUUUGUGCCCAAUGACGUCCAGAGUAACUCUGAGUAUGGCAGGAUUAAGGUGCUCACUGGGCCCAAUGCGUGUGGCAAGUCUAUCUACUUGAAACAGGUGGCAUUGAUUGUGUUCAUGGCCCAGAUUGGCAGCUUUGUCCCUGCAGAGGAGGCCCAUAUUGGCCUGGUGGACCGGAUCUACACGCGCGUACGCUCGCUGGAGAGUGUCUCAGUUGGACUGUCCACCUUCAUGAUUGACAUCAACCAGAUGUCAGAAGCAUUGCGCAAUGCUGGAGAAAACUCCCUGUGUAUUGUGGACGAAUUCGGAAAGGGAACUGACAUGAUAGAUGGUCUGGCGAUUCUGUGUGCGAGCAUCAAGCACUGGGUAGGCCAGGGUACCUCGUGUCCCCAUGUGUUGGUCAGCACUCACUUCCACACCAUGAUACAGCGGCACCUCCUGCCCAGGUCACCACUUAUCAAGUACCUGACCCUGGAGACCCUAGAGAAUGGCGUGGAGCUGGUGUUCCUGUACCAGCUAGUGGAGGGUCAGACCAGCUUCAGCUACGCCUGUCACGUGGCUGCACAGGCUGGACUUCCUUCAGACAUUGUCAAGAGGGGCAUAGAGGUGUCAGAAUUGCUGCGUCAGUGUAAACCAGUCCAACGCGUAGACACGCUGGAUACAGACACACAGAACAAAAGGUGUGAAGCAAUUGUACAGCAGUUCUUGGCUCUGGACAUUGAGACUGCAGAUAUCAAGGCCUUCCUGUCACAGUGUGUUCUUCCUACAUUUGAAGGGAAACUAUGAGGACAUAGGUGGUAUACUCAAGAUUGUGGUGCCCAUUGAUGAUAGAAAACUGAGGACAUCGAUGGAAUUCUUAUGAAUGUGCUGCUGAUUAUUGAAUGGAAGCUGUGAUGAUUUUUUUUAUUCACAUACCUUUGUGGUCUUUCUUUUGUAUAUUUAAAGCGGAAGUGUUGUCUACAGGGACGCUGUGAGAGUCGUAGGUUUCUUUCUGCCUAAAUGAAGGAUUGCCCUUUGAAUUUCUUUAUGCCAUUUUUAUUGGAAAUAUUCUUUGGAGGACCAACGUUAUAAGAUGUUAGCGCUUUUUUUUCACUUUGUAAGUUGGAAAAUGAGGUUUACUGCAUGUAUGUAAAGUGUUGUCCCAGUUUAGCCUAUGAAUUCUGCACAGGCUUAUCAGGGAUAACACUUUCUGCUUGUACAGAUUUUGUUGUUGAAAGGAAGUCUCUUCAAAACAAAAAUAAAGUCUCAAUUUAAAGUGUUGUCCCUGAUAAGCCUGGGUGCACUGCACAAGGUUAUCAGGGAUGACACUUUAUUCACAUGCAUUCAAACUCAUUUUUCCUGACUAAGGCACAUAUAUUUUAAUGAUGCAUUCUUGGUAAACUUGUUAAGGCUAUUCUGAUUAUAUUUGUCAGGUUUGCUUUAGGAUUGUGUGAUAUUGUGUGUUAUAUGGGAUGCUGUGUUUGCUUUAGGAUUGUGUGAUAUUGUGUGUUAUAUGGGAUGCUGUGUUUGUUUAAUGAUAUUGUUUGAUGUCGUUGUUUUCAAAAAUAUUAUUUACUUUGUGGAAAUUGUUUCACUUGUUUGCUACAUUUGACUAAUAUAUGGUGAACAUUUGAAAAGUAUAAGAAAUCAAAUUGAAGAUAAUGUGUGAUGAAUUAUCAUAAAUAUUCUGGCCAAAUUAAAGAAACAUAUGAUUUACUUUACACUUCACAUGGUUUUGACUAGCUUUAAGUAUUUUAGCUUGGCUCUGGGAAAAUGGGGCUUAAUGCACGUGUGUAAAGUGGCGUCCCAUUUAAGCCUGUACAGACUAAUCAGGGAUCACACUUUUUGCCUUAUCUAGAUUUUCACAAAGAAGAUUCCUUUAACAAAAAAAUUCCAUAAUAGUGGAAAGUGUCAUCUCUGAUUACCGUAUGUGGACUGCUAAUAUGGUAUUACACUACACACACUCUGAUUACCGUAUGUGGACUGCUAAUAUGGUAUUACACUACACACACUCUGAUUACCGUAUGUGGACUGCUAAUAUGGUAUUACACUACACACACUUUGAUUACCGUAUGUGGACUGCUAAUAUGGUAUUACACUACACACACUCUGAUUACCGUAUGUGGACUACUAAUAUGGUAUUACACUACACACACUCUGAUUACCGUAUGUGGACUGCUGGUAUUACACUACACACAUGCGUUAAGAUCCAUUUUCCUAGAAUGAGUCUCAUUUGCUUAUGGACUACUGUAUUGGCUUGCAUCAAUUGGCUUAUUUACCUGCGUUGACUUUGUAUUAUGUAAGAAAUAUUUACUUGUUAUAGCAUAGUGACGUUCUACUUGUCUUUGAUGUAUAAAAUAUAUUAUACAUAGUUACUUAAAGAUGCUAAUUCUAUGAAGUUAAAGCCUUGGUUUUCUUUAUAAACGCAUUAUUGUUUGAAAGAUAUACAUUAAAAAUCACUACUGAUAAAAGUCAUCUAAAAAGUAAAGUGUGUUUUAUUGCGUAUUAAUUUAGCCUGUCAAAACGCCUGUUUAUUUACAUUUCGCUGUAUAUCGGAUUUUGGUCAAGCAAUGCUAAAGUUGUAGAAGCCCUUAGUGUCUGUGAGUUGUUGCUGCGAACGAAUACAGAAAUAUUUCUUGAGCAAAUAAUCAAAGCCAGGGAUUAAAAAUGUUAAUAAAGAAACACAGAAAAGUU